AUGUCUGUCCAAUGCCAUGGGGUCACUAAGCAAAAUACAAGAUGCAAGAAACAAGUCUUUGAAGGGAACUAUUGUCAUUAUCAUCAAGAUCAAGAUCAAGAAGUAAAGAUAGCUCCCGGCUCAGCCAAAGUGUCAACUGCUUCUAGCUCAAAUAAAAAAACAGAUAAAACUGAUGGCAAAUCAUAUAAACCUUCUAAGAAUUCGUUUGUUCACAAUAUUCAGAAUUUAGAAUUCAGCUCUAAAAAUAAGAAAAAUCAAGUUGCCGCAAGCCCAACCACCACCACAACAACAACUAAAGUCUCCAGUGGAAAUGGCGUUAAAAAAACAAAAAAACAAUAUGAUAAAGUGUAUAAUAUAAAGCUAUCAAAUAAGCCAAGUAACUACAUGGAGAAUAAUACGGAUACAAUAAACGUUGAAAAUGAAGGGUUUAUUUAUGUUUACACUUUAAAGCAUUUACUAUCACCAAAUCCAUCAAAAAAGGACUGGGUUCAGAUUGAGAACAGUUCUAAUAAUAAUAGGCGCGCUAAUAGUGAAUUUAUUAGCAACAAGAAAUGGGAAAGCUUUGAUCCUAAAAACCACAUUUUAUUAAAAAUUGGAUUAACUACGCAGUCUGUGCAAAAAAGAAUCAAGCAAUGGGAAACCCAGUGCAAAUGCGAUUUAAUUAUUGUUGAGCCUUUAUUGUUUGAGACUUCUGUUAAAUUCAUUAAUAGUGGUUUAAAGUUAUUAAAUUUGGGAGAUUCAAAGGCAAAUCUUAGUAAUGACCCAGACCGAAUGAAUUAUAAUAAUUUUAUCAAUUUAUUGAAAUUCAAAAGCUACAAUAAUCAGUUGAAAGGGUAUUAUUGUCCAAAGAAUUUAUACAAGAUUGAACUGUUAAUCCAUGAUACACUAAGAGAGAAAUAUGGGAAAGUGAAUUUGUACUGCGAGAAUUGUGGAGUGCGAGCUGAUGAUGUGGAUUAUAAGUUGCACACCGAGUGGUUUUUGGUGGAUAGAGACGAUAUGAAGAAGGUCUUCAAGCUAGUCGAUGGCAUUUGCUACAAGAACUCUUUAUAG